GUAGUUCGUGAAGUACAGUCAAGUAUUGCCGGGUACGAAUGCCACAUGCUUUCUCUUUUAACGUACGUUAUCACUUAAGAACAGCUGUUUCGUUUGAGUAGCAGAAUUAAUCAAGAUGAAUACAAUGAUGAGUGCUAAGGAAAUCCGACAAGCUUAUAUCGACUUUUUUAAGAGCAAAGAUCAUGAAUAUGUGCAUUCGAGUUCCACGAUACCACACGACGAUCCAACAUUAUUGUUCACAAAUGCUGGAAUGAAUCAGUUUAAACCAAUAUUUUUGGGAGUCGUGGACCCAAACAGUGAUAUGGCGAAAUUAGUGAGAGCUGUUAAUAGUCAAAAAUGUAUCAGGGCUGGAGGCAAACAUAACGAUCUGGACGAUGUUGGCAAAGAUGUUUAUCAUCAUACGUUUUUCGAGAUGAUGGGCAACUGGUCUUUCGGAGAUUAUUUUAAAAAAGAGAUCUGUACUUGGGCCUGGGAAUUUUUAACUGAUAAGUUAAAAUUACCGAAAGAUCGGCUGUACGUGACCUAUUUCGGAGGGGACGAGAAGAACAAUUUGAAACCCGAUGAAGAAUGCAAACAAAUCUGGCUGUCUUUAGGCCUGUCUCCGAGUCACGUGUUGCCAGGAAGCAUGAAAGACAACUUUUGGGAAAUGGGAGAAACGGGUCCUUGCGGUCCUUGCAGUGAAGUCCAUUAUGAUCGUAUCGGCAACAGAGAAGCAGCUCACUUAGUAAAUCAAGAUGAUCCGGACGUUUUAGAAAUUUGGAAUCUGGUAUUUAUACAGUUUAACAGAGAAUCAGAUGGGAGCCUGAAAUCACUGCCCAAGAAGCAUAUCGAUUGUGGCUUAGGUUUAGAGAGAUUGGUGUCGGUUAUACAGAACAAACGUGCAAAUUAUGAUACAGACUUGUUCGUACCGCUUUUCGAUGCGAUACAGAAGGGCACGAAUGCGCCAGCUUAUCAGGGGAGAGUAGGCGCGGAAGAUAAAGAUGGCAUAGAUAUGGCGUACAGAGUUUUAGCUGAUCAUGCGAGAACCAUCACGAUAGCUCUUGCGGACGGAGGCGUUCCUGACAACACUGGCAGAGGAUACGUGUUGAGAAGAAUUUUAAGACGCGCCGUACGUUACGCGACUGAGAAAUUGAACGCGAAACCUGGAUUCUUUGGGUCGCUCGUCAACGUUGUAGUAGACCUCCUCGGUGACGUUUUUCCCGAGUUAAAAAAAGAUCCGCAAUACAUAAUCGAUACCGUGAACGAGGAGGAAGCCCAGUUUCUUAAAACUUUGUCACGCGGACGUAAUUUAUUAAAUCGUACCAUAGGAAAAUUAGAAUCGUCGAACGAGCUCCCUGGCGAUGUCGCUUGGCGUUUGUACGACACGUAUGGAUUCCCUGUCGACCUGACUAAACUUAUGGCAGAAGAGAAGGGACUGAUAGUGGAUAUGAACGGUUACGAGGAAGCGAAGAAACAGGCUCAGAUUCUCUCCCAAGGGAAGACCGGUGGUGUGGACGAUCGGAUCAACUUGGACGUCCACGCGAUCACCGAAUUACAAAGUAAAGGGAUCAAACCUACGAAUGAUCUGCUGAAGUACAAUUACAAAGUUACAAACAGUAAAAUGUACGAAGAAUACGAGUUCACUCCUUGCAUCGCUACGGUAAUCGCUCUGAGACGUUCCAAGACUUUCGUGAACGAAGUGUCGUCCGGCGAGGAAGUCGGAAUACUGUUGGAUAAAACGAGUUUCUACGCGGAGCAGGGAGGGCAGAUAUACGACGAAGGAUUUUUAGCAAAGAUCGACGACGAAGGCACCGAAGUUCGUAUAAAGAACGUCCAAGUCAGAGGCGGUUACGUUUUACAUAUCGGAACCGUGGGUGAAGGAGUAUUGAAGAAAGGAGAUAAAGUGACUCUGAACGUAGACACGACGCGAAGGAGAUAUUUAAUGAGCAAUCACACCGCGACUCACCUUCUCAAUUACUCUCUUCGGAGAAUAUUAGGCACGGACGUCGAUCAGAAGGGCUCGUUGGUCGCACCCGAUCGCCUUCGCUUCGAUUUUACGAAUAAAGGAGCAGUGACAACGGAGCAAGUAAGAAAGGUCGAAGAGCUAACGAGCAACAUUGUGAAACAGAAUAAGAAAGUUUACGCUAAACAAAGUAAUUUGGCAGUGGCGAAAACUAUUCAAGGAUUGCGGGCCAUGUUCGAAGAAACGUAUCCCGAUCCUGUCAGAGUCGUCAGUAUAGGGAUACCGGUCGAGGAAUUAGAAAGGGAUCCUUUAGGCCCUGCUGCGUUCGAGACUAGCGUCGAAUUUUGCGGUGGCACGCAUUUACAUUAUACAGGACACAUCGGAGACUUUAUUAUAGCUAACGAAGAGGCUAUCGCCAAAGGUAUCAGGCGUAUAGUAGCUCUGACUGGUCCAGAAGCAGCAAAAGCGCAAAAGAAAGCCAGUAUAUUGCAAAAUGAUCUCGAUCGGCUGAAAGCGACGAUAGAAUCUGAUAAGAACGGCUCGAAUACGAAGGAUCACGUGAAGAAGAUCGUAGAACUGACGGACGACGUUUCCCGUGCGACUAUUUCUAGUUGGAGAAAAGAUCAAAUGCGUAAAAUGUUGAAAGACUUGAAGAAGGCGCUCGAUGACAAAGAACGAGCUGCUAAAACUGCGAUUGCCAAUGCGGUCGUCGAUAACGUUCAACGAAUAAUUGAACAGAACGUCGGAUGUCCAGUGUUGGUGCAAGUUGUACAAGCAUACAGUAACACUAAAGCAUUGGACUCUGCUUUGAAGAAAAUAAAAGCUAUCUCUCCGGAUACGAGCGCGUUGUUAGUAAGCGUCGAUCCGGAUGCUAAGAAGAUUUUCGCGCUUGCCGCGGUUUCCAAGUGUGCUGUAAAUAAAGGACUAAAGGCGAACGAAUGGAUCGAAGAAAUUGCUCUGCUGAUGGGAGGAAAAGGAGGCGGGAAAUCGGAAUCUGCCCAAGCUUCUGGCUCUAAUACGUCUUGCGUCGCAAAAUUAGUCCAUACCGCAAAGAAUUUCGCUAAUUCGAAACUUGGGAUGGCGGAUAAAAAUCAAAAUUCGUUGUUAAGUAAUGAGAGUGUGGAAUUUGAAAAUUCUGAUAACGUAAUGAUACUUUCUGGUAAUACGAGAGGCGUUAAAUUUUAUCGCGCUGAAAUAGUAGCUAAAUACAGCGGUAAACACGUGAUUAAACAACAUAGAGACGAUAGUGAUAUUAAAUUGGAAGGGAAAGGUUUUCAAUUGUUCGAUGGAACGGCGAUCGCUUUUUACUUAUCGAGCGACAGUUUAAAAUGUGCGAAUGAUGUGGCGAAGUUCACCGAUGUGUUGCAGUGGUCCAUUUACUCGGACACUCAAAUUUUACCAGCAGUACUUGGAUGGGUCGUGCCAUGUAUUUCGAAAAACGUAUCACAUGCUCUAAAGGCGAAUAUGAAAAUAUCCAAGGAGGAUAUUCUCUGCUCUUUAAAUAAAUUGAACAAUGUAUUGUUAACGAGAACUUAUUUGGUAGGAGAAAGAAUUAGUGUCGCGGAUAUUUCGCUUUUUACUAGCUUGAUGCCGUUGUACGAAUACGUAUUGGACCCGGCGAGUAGGAAACAAUAUACGAAUCUGAACAGAUGGUUUUUUACCAUGUUAAAUCAACCGCAAAUAGCCGAGGUGAUAAAAAAUUUUGAGGUAUGUCAAAAAACUGUUAAAUGUUAAGGGGAUUUUUUUAUAAAUGAUUUUUUAUUAACAGACAAUUGUUACAAAUAUACAGUCAGCAAAUUAAUUAGGAUCUUUUUCAUA